UGACGUUAUUCCUAAAUUUGGGUGGAUACAAUGAUUAGUGAUCGCGAAUCCAAUUCCAAGUAGCUACCGUUAAAGACAGUCAGUCGAGCACCAGGCGCAUUUGGACUUUUUUACCUCUCAAAUAGUUUCCCAGAGUGUUAUGGAUCAAGACACACUUAUGGAAUACUCGGUAGCUGUUCAGUCGAGUGACGGACAGUCUGAUGCUGUAAUGGACAUGCAGCAGAUUUUCAGCAGUUCCAAUGUCCGCUCUGAAGUCAGUGAAACCUCUGACGGGGGUACCAGUGCUGUCCUGGAUCCGAAUGGUCGAGCGCACAACGUACAACGUCUUAUCAACCCGGGCAGCCCAAGGCAGUCCAACAACCAGACCACAUACAACCAGCCUGACCCAAGUUCGCAGAACAAUUUGACCCAGUAUCCAAGCCGGACUUCUCAGAAUGACACUCUGGUGCUAUCGGAUGCCAUGAUCAACAGCCACUUCUACGAAGCUUUGCAAUCGAGCACACAAGCUUUGAGUUUUGCUCUGUCCGAUGACCCACAAAACAACCAAAGUGGUUCCACUAUACUGCCGUACACACCCACGGCAUCUGGUGAUUUUCUAUCGGAGGAGCUCUUCCAAGAACUUGCCGGAAUCGAUCAGAUCGAGCCAAUGAUUACAGAUUUCCUAAACAACGAGUACAACUCGUACUCGUACGACAACUCCAGUGCCCACUCAGGAUACACCCCACUUAGCAACGCUGGUGCCCCAGAUUCAUCAAUGGUAAUUGGACUUGGCAACGACUUUGACAAGACACGCCCAUGCAGUCUCUCUCUACCUGGAGGGAUGGUGUUCAAUGAACAACAUGCUGUAGCAGUGCGAAAAACUGAUUUUGUCCCUCAAACACCAGAUUCUGUUCCAAUGGAAUAUCCACAGUUUUCAGGCCUCGGAGAUUUGGUACAGUCCCCUCUCGUUACCCCCGAAGCAGCCUUCCCCAACCAAGUGAAUGUUCAGCCAACAGAAGAGUCCAAGCAAAAGCCCGGGUCUAUCGAUGAGAAUUUGAGCCUUAUCAAGAUGAUGAACCAAAAAGUGAAACCACGACGCGUGCAUGGACUUGUUGCUCCCAACUACUCUGUUCCAACCUCUCAACUAUCCCCCAUACCGAUUACAGCGUCCCCAAAGACACCGUAUCCUGUGCAAGUGUCCUCUCCAGCUGCAAGUGACCACACCCCAUCCCCCAAAGCUACUGACACCCCGAUAACACCAUCCAACUCCACGAAAGGCCCUUUCUCAAUCCGCAGCUUUGGUGACAACGGUAUGCGGUGUUUUGAGCUUGGAAUUCGUGAGGAUUUGUCUGCCAGUGAUCAAAUGAUGGGUCUAAAGGCGCUGUUCUACUGCUGUGAAAUGACCAAGAAAUUUAAGGAGAGUAUGGAUAACCCGUGUGACCUCAAAGUGGCCAACAAUGUCACUGCCAACCUUUGUGAAUUUGUUCUCGAUUCUGAGGGACACAAGCUCAUCUCAAAAGUACCCCGUGAUUGUGUGCCUCUGGAAAAGUUUCUAUCGGACAACUCAGAGAAGAUAGACCUUCGUGGGAGACAGUUGAUUGUGCAGCAAGUGCUCAAUGCCCUGGCCAACAUUCACACUGGUGGGAGUGAGGACAGAAUGAGCUUCUGGGGAAGCUUCCUGGUUUGGGUGGACCGCAAAAUGAGGGUGUACCUGCUAUUGGACUUCCCUGUCAUGCUUGCCAAAAUGGAGCAAUCUCAACUCAUGGCUGGAUUCGAUCCUCGUAUUGAGGAUAUGAAAGCAGUCAAGCAGAUGUACGAUGAUGUAUUCAAGCCUUACAUCAGCAGUGCUUCAAGCUGGCCAUCCCCUGGUCUUGUCAAACUGCUUGGCAAGAGAUUUGAAGACAUUUUGAGUCGACCCUCCUCUGGGUCGCGAAUGGCCGAGAUUGCCCGUAACUUUGGGGAGAGGAGGAUGUGUAAAAUUGAAGUGGACGUCUUGAGUUUGGACACGGUUAUCUACUGCCUUGAGCAUGAGACUCUGCAGCGAGCACUCAGCCCUCUGGAGAAUGUGAUUCCUCCACACAUCUCUACAGCCUGGGAGAUAGCCAACCUUCAUACAAGGCGCACUGUUGGCAAGGAAGACAUUGCCAUUGCUGGUGGAGCCAUGAAGCUUCAGCUGUGCCCUUGCUUUGACGUGCCCUCUCCAUACAAAGACGGACUGCUCAUUUUUUCAAAAUUCUGAGAAGAGUGUGUAAUCAACUCUAUGUAAAGUCCAUCCUGUGUAUGUCCUCAUUGUUGUGAUGUUCGCCAAACAAUUUCGAUGUGAAAACUGCACCUUCACUUUUCGGUUGAUUGUUGAAAUUGCACAUUUGUAUAUUAGUGCAUUAUUGCACACCCUUUCAUUAUGCACCUGUGUCGUAAUCAUCCCCUUGCUAUGUUAUUUGUCAGUUUUGUAUUUGUAUUGCCAUCAUGUGUUCUUGCAGUAAAA